UCUAAUCAAUGCGUGCGUGUGUGUGUGUGUUUUUUCCCCGGUAAUUAAGAGGUCGAAAAAGAAAAAUUAUGAAAGGUUUGCAUUGCGUCGCCAUGUUAGUGAUGAUUUCUGUAAUUUCUAUUAUUUUUCUCCCUGCAUGAUGUACAAGUUAUAAACACAAAAUGUAUAAAUUCCUAGCUAGCUAAUUGUCCAUAUAUUUUCUUGGGAGUUAGGACCCCCUCCUAAUGAUAAACAUAGUUGUGUGUUAAUUUUUAUAUCUUUGUCUGUUGAUUUCCAAAUUCCAUUCCUAAAUAUUACAUAUAAUAUAUAUGUAUAUUGUCCGAUAUUUGUUUACGGAUAAUUGAGGAGGUGGCACAGACAACAUAAGCAGAGCAGAAACAGAGGGAGCAGUGUUGCAGUCAUAAUAAGAGCAGACUCAGGUGGGAAAGGGGAGGAGAGGAGAGGGUUUGGUGGGCAGAAACAGCAAGUAUGUAUACAUAUUACCAUCAAAGCCAUUAGAUUUCUUUCACCCUAUGCAUUCAGAAGAUUCUGCAGAAAAGAGCACCAUAAAAUAUCAGCAGUCAAACAAACAACAAACUCUCUCUCUCUCUCUCAAGUCUUUUAAAAAGAAGUUCUUCUUUUUCUUGGUCUGUUUUGAAGUGUGCCUCUUUUUUUUUUUUUUGGUUUUAAUUUUCUUUCAAAAUUAAUGAUGAUGAAUGCAAGAAACAGGUUUCCAUUCACAGCAAUUCAGUGGGAAGAGCUUGAACACCAAGCUCUAAUCUUCAAAUACAUGGUGUCAGGAGUUCCAGUGCCACCUGAUCUCAUCUUAACUGUCAAAAGAAGCUGCAGCACCCACUCAUCCUCUUCAAUGUCCUCCUCACCCCUCCUUUCUUACCAACCCAACUUGGGUUGGGGAAGUUUUCAGAUGGGUUUUGGCAGGAAAGUAGAUGCAGAGCCUUGGAGGUGCAGAAGAACAGAUGGGAAGAAAUGGAGGUGUUCAAAGGAAGCAUAUCCAGACUCCAAAUACUGUGAAAGACAUAUGCACAGAGGCAGGAACCGUUCAAGAAAGCCUGUGGAACUACUUAUUACAUCAACUAACCCUAACCCUAACCCUAACCCUCCUUCACCAUCCAUCCCAAUCCCAAUCCCAAUCCCAUCAAUCAACAACUUUAUUAACUCCUCCCCAAACUCCUCCAUCAUUAUCAACCCCACCACCACCACUCUUUCUACACUUUCUUCAUCAACGAGUACUUUCAAUAAUGCCCCUCUUCAUCCCUUUCUCUCUCCUCCUUCCUCCUCCUCCUCUAGACCUCUAAACAACACUACCCAUCACCUCUUUUUGGACUCUGCCUCUUAUUCUAAAUUAGAUGAAAAUUGCAGGUAUGCUACAGGGACUUUACAAAGCUUGCCUGAUUCAUAUGCACAACUAACAAAGAAUUCCUCUAUUGGGUAUUCCCAGUCACUGUUUCAAAGCCUUACUGAUAAUUCAAAACAUGAGAGGCAACAACAACAACAAGAGGAGGAGGAAGAAGAGAAGAAUUGCUUUAUUUUGGGUAGUGAUUUCAAAUCAACAAGGCCUAUCAUCAAAGUAGAAAGGGAGGUAGAAAGCAGGAAGCCAUUCCACCACUUCUUCGGCGAAUGGCCGAAGAAUAAUAGCAGAGACUCUUGGCUUGAAAUUGAUCAGAAGAAUCAAUCAAACAACAAUGCUUCAUUCUUUGCUAAGAACCUCUCAGCUUCCAUGCCACUGUCAACACAAGACCUCUUUGCAUCCAAAAACAGAUACCAUAUUGAUGGCUGAGUUCUAAGUAUUGGGGUUGAUGGAUUAUGCAUCCAAAAUAAGUACUCAUUGGUGGUUCAAUGCUCAUCUUCCUAAUUUCAGCUCACAUGAAUCUAACAGUGUUAGGUGAACUCUCACAUGAGGAUUUUAAUAUGUUGCUAGUUUAGUUACUGAUUUUUCUUAUUGUUGUUCUGAGAAACAUGUUAAAUAUGUGUUAUAUGUAGUUUUGCUUUGUGUGACCAGAAUUAUCUUUGUUAUGCUUCAAGGUACUUUAAA